AGAAGAAAAAUUUGACAAGUGGGGACAUUUCGCUGAUCCUAUUUUAGGCUUAGGGGUUAGGUUUUGGUUAAGGGUUAGGAGUUAGAAUAAGGUUUAGUUAGGGGUUUGGGGUUAGGGUUAAGGUUAGGGUUAAGGGUUUGGGCAUAAUAGGAUUUUGAAUGGGAAUAAGAAAUGUUGUCCCCAACUGGAUAGUAAAACCAAUGUGUAUGUUGUUCAAAAAUAACAAUGAUGACAAUCUGCAGAGACGGUCAAUUACACUCAGCACAAAGGUCAGCAGUAGCUUCCCACUUUCAAUAGGCCCCUAGUUAAUAUGUUAGUUUAUGUAGAAAUCCUCAAUUUUUGUGGCUGCGUCUUAAUACUUACAGGAAAGGGACAGCAGAGGAGCUGCCGUUUCCGGAUGGUUCUGUGGACCUACUGACUGCAGCCUCAGCGGCCCAUUGAUUUGACCAGGAGCGGUUCCUCUUGGAGGCAGGCCGGGUCCUGAAGCCUUGCGGCUGCAUGGCUCUGCUUGGCUUUGCUGAUAACUUCAGACUCCAUUACGGCUCAUGUGGGGACAGACUCACUGACAUCUAUGAGGAGUUCAAGAAGGUGCUGUUACCAUACACCAGCACACAGUUAGCAGUGGCCAACACCAAACUAAGGGAGCUUUACGCUGCUAUCCCCUUCCCUGACAAAGAGAGGAUUGAGUGUAUCCCACUGAAGCAGCAGAUCUCAGUGAGGAACAUAGUGGGCUUCAUGGAGUCCUUCUCCAUGUACCAGGCCUUCCAGAGGGCCGAGCCUGAUGCUGCCUCCGCACUGCUGCAGAGAACACUCGACAGGUUUCUGAAGGAGAUGGGAGUCACAUCACCAGACACACUCAUGGAAGUGACGCUGGAGUAUUUCUCUGUCCUGGCGUCUAAACCGGAGUGAACACUCUUUACAGUGUGAAUAUGUUUGUGUGGAGACAGAUGUUUCUUAAGCUUGUGUCAAUCAUGUUUAAGCUGUUGUUAAUAGAAGUAGUAUUCUGUUCACAUAAGAUGUCAUUGAAGUCCCUUUGGUUUUGUCUCUUUUCUUUUAUACAUUGUAAUGUAGAGCAAACUAUUCACCUUAGUCACAUCAUUAUCAAAAUGGUUGCCACAUUUAGUAUCUUCCUUGCCUGAGAUUUACAAUAAAAUGUCUGCAGACACAAUUGUAACUUUUGAAUAUUAUUUCACUUCAGGGCCGUAUCAAGUGUCUCAGAGUAAUAUUAGGAGUGUGGAUUUUAGGAUCGGUUUUUCCUUUUAGAUCACAAUGAAAAAUAUAACAUGGACAAGGGGGUAUCUGAUCCAAGAUCAGCACUCCUAAUCUGAAACAAUUGAUACUUACGCAGCCCAAUUAUGAUAUAUUCUUUACUAAUUGGUCUUUUGAUCGUUCAGAUCAGGUCUGAAAAAGAUCUGAUGUGAAAAGAUCUGAUGUGAUUGGUAAAAACAUCAGAAUUGGGAUGCCUGUCGAAACACAGCCAGACUGCCCCAGAUUUUCUGUUGGUUUCUUUUUAAUAUGAUGUAUGCAUUGGUUCAACCAAAUUCAUGACGUUAUGCAAACUAAGAGGAGACCUUAAAUCGGUUCUUGGACCAGUACUUCAGAUAUUGACUGUUUAUAAUUAACUAUUUUAGUGAGCUAGUAGUAGUGCAGCUCAGUACAAAGCCUGUUGUUGUUGAUCUAUGGCUCAGUGAUCAGUGGGAAUAGGGUUUUUAUCUGAGUAAGGAAACUGAACUCAUCAGGCGUUUGUAUUUUCCCACAUCAAUCACAACAGGGAAAACACCUCAUAGGAAAACAAGGUUCUGAUCCCUCCCUCUCCCAUCCCAUCUCUAUGGUACUACUUAUUGGUUCUGACACAACACAAAAUUCUCUUUGACCCCAUGUAACCCUGGCCCCCUUCAUAAACAGCCUCAUUAGCAAACAACACACAUUCCCAUGAAGCCACUGCUUUGCCCCUUCCUCUCUCUAUCUGGGGCCUAUCUCAUACUAGCCUGGCCAAGCACUUAGUGGUUUCCCUGGAACUGGCCCUGUGAAGAAAGGGAAUCUCCUGCGAUGAGUGUGGUAGUGUGUGUGUGAUCACAUUCCUUAACGUAGCCUCCACAACCCAGUGAGAAAGAGAGCUUGGUUUAGUUUUAGUAAAAUCCGUAAGAGAAACAGGCCUAUUUCUAACACUAACGUGGACUCAAACUCUUUUUACAUUAAAGUCAAAGAAUUCGUUUUUUAUAAGUAGGCCGACUAGACUUUGUAGGUACAAAAUCGUUUUAUUCAGGGUGAAAUUGACAUGGAUUUACCAAUACCGUCUCACUCAGAACAGUCUUGCCUUAUGUAACAGUACCACAAUGUGAUGGGAGAGGGGACUGUAGGGUUAAAGUCCUUUGUUGAUGUGGACACAGUGAAAAUAGGCCAAGGGCCAAACCGGACAAUGGGACCCUUGUCUGCUCAAACUCGUGCACGUCUUCCUGUAGUGAGCAAACAUAAAAGCUACAACUACUGAUACUAUUCUGGAACAGUGCCAUCUGAACUAUAUCUCAGGAACGAAACCACAAAGUCGUGUGCAAAUUCUAGCCUGGUUCCCAUCGGUUUUUGAUGUUUUGCCAUCUCCUAUAGUGGAGGUCCUAGUGAAGGAGCAGGUCUGUCUCUGUCUGCUGAGUCACUGCAAGCUGGAAGGAGCACUAGGCUAGCGGAGCAGACGACAGCAGAGCACCAUGACCCACCGGCUGUUUGAGGAGAAACACCAUGCCUCUAUCUACCAGAGGUAUCGCUUUGUACUCCCAGAGGAGAUCAGAGACAUCAUCCUGCAUUACCUGGAAAGGAAGAAAGUCCAGCCUCAUGCCCUAGCUGUGGACCUGGGCUGUGGGACGGGGCAGAACUCACGCCUGCUGGCCCCACACUUCCAGGAAGUGGUGGGCAUCGACAUCAGCGAGUGCCAACUGGAGGAAGCCAGGGCAGUGGCAGGGUUCAACAACAUCACCUACAGGAAAGGGACAGCAGAGGAGCUGCCAUUUCCAGAUGGUUCUGUGGACCUACUGACUGCAGCCUCAGCGGCCCAUUGGUUUGACCAGGAGCGGUUCCUCUUGGAGGCAGGCCGGGUCCUGAAGCCUUGCGGCUGCAUGGCUCUGCUUGGCUUUGCUGAUAACUUCAGACUCCAUUACGGCUCAUGUGGGAACAGACUCACUGACAUCUAUGAGGAGUUCAAGAAGGUGCUGUUACCAUACACCAGCACACAGUUAGCAGUGGCCAACACCAAACUAAGGGAGCUUUACGCUGCUAUCCCCUUCCCUGACAAAGAGAGGAUUGAGUGUAUCCCACUGAAGCAGCAGAUCUCAGUGAGGAACAUAGUGGGCUUCAUGGAGUCCUUCUCCAUGUACCAGGCCUUCCAGAGGGCCGAGCCUGAUGCUGCCUCCGCACUGCUGCAGAGAACACUUGACAGGUUUCUGAAGGAGAUGGGAGUCACAUCACCAGACACACUCAUGGAAGUGACAAGGGAAUAUUUCUGUCUCCUGGCAUCUAAACAGGAGUGAACACUCUUUAAAGUGUGAAUGUGUUUGUGUGUAGACAGAUGUGUCUUAAGCUUGUGUUUAGGCUUGUGUGAAUCAUGUUCAAGCUGUUAUUAGAAAUAUUACUCUGUUCACAUAAGAUUUCAUUGAAGUCCCUUUGGUUUUGUCUGCUCUUUUCUUUUAUACAUUGUAAUGUAGAGCAAACUAUUCACCUUAGUCACAUCAUUACCAAAAUGGUUGCCACCUUUAUUAUCUUCCUUGCCUGAGAUUUACAAUAAAAUGUCUGCAGACACAA